UCCCCGCCAUUGCAACACCAUGUGGAAAUUCACGCCAUUUUGACCACAAUACUGUCGCAUUUCCGAAGAAAAUCAAUUCAGACUUACAACUGUUGAUCUUAACUACGAGAGUUCGCCCGGAUUGGGCGUACCUGUGUAUUAACUGACGAAGAUGUCGAAAAGAAAAGAUAACAAGGAGUCGGGUGACGACAAACUCACACGUAUAGCCAUUGUCAACAAUGACAAGUGCAAACCCAAGAAAUGUCGACAGGAGUGCAAGAAAUCAUGUCCAGUGGUUCGAAUGGGAAAACUAUGUAUUGAAGUUACCCCAGCAGAUAAGAUAGCCUUUAUUUCAGAAGAACUGUGUAUAGGAUGUGGUAUAUGUGCAAAGAAAUGUCCAUUUGAAGCCUUGUCAAUCAUCAAUUUACCUAGCAAUUUACAUAAAGAAACAACACAUAGAUAUAGUGCCAACUCUUUCAAAUUACACAGAUUACCCAUUCCUCGACCAGGAGAAGUUCUGGGAUUGGUGGGGACAAAUGGAAUUGGAAAGUCAACUGCUCUGAAAAUCCUUGCAGGAAAACAGAAGCCAAAUCUUGGAAGAUUUAAUGAACCCCCCGACUGGACAGAGAUCCUGACAUAUUUCCGAGGUUCUGAGCUACAGAACUAUUUCACCAAGAUCUUGGAGGAUGAUCUCAAGGCCCUCAUCAAACCACAGUACGUGGACCAGAUCCCUAAGGCUGUCAAGGGAGCGGUUCAGAUGCUGCUGGACAAGAAAGAUGAGAUGGAGAACCAGGUUGACAUCUGCACCCAGCUCGAUCUGAUGCAUGUACGGGACCGGAAUGUAGAGGACUUGUCUGGCGGGGAGCUGCAGAGAUUUGCUAUAGCUAUUGUGUGUGUGCAGAGAGCAGACAUUUUCAUGUUUGACGAACCAUCUAGCUACCUGGACGUGAAGCAGAGGUUAAAAGCUGCCCUGACCAUCCAUAGUAGCCUCAAGCACAACGUAAAACCAAUUUCACCUCCUCAUCCACCAGUUUCAGACAAGUACAUCAUCGUGGUGGAGCACGACUUGUCCGUGUUAGACUAUCUGUCCGACUUCAUCUGUUGUUUGUAUGGUGUACCUGGGGCCUAUGGUGUGGUCACUAUGCCCUUCAGUGUCAGGGAAGGUAUCAACAUUUUCUUGGACGGGUUUGUUCCAACGGAAAACCUGCGAUUCCGAGAAACGUCCUUGACCUUCAAGGUAGCAGAAACAGCCAUUGAGGAGGAGAUCAAGAGGGUGUGUCGCUAUGACUACCCCUGCAUGAUGAAGAAACUGGGAUCCUUCAAGCUGAAUAUCAAUCCAGGUGCCUUCACAGACUCCGAGAUCAUUGUCAUGUUGGGGGAGAAUGGAACUGGCAAAACGACAUUCAUCCGAAUGUUGGCAGGGAAGCUGGAGCCUGAUGAAGGAGGCAGGACCCCUGUCCUGAACAUCAGCUACAAACCCCAGAAGAUCAGCCCUAAGCAUCAGGGUACAGUCCGUCAGCUCCUUCACGAGAAGAUCCGAGAUGCCUACAUCCACCCCCAGUUCGUCACGGAUGUCAUGAAACCCCUGAUGAUAGAGAGCAUCAUUGACCAGGAGGUCCAGAACCUGUCUGGUGGUGAGUUGCAACGUGUGGCCUUGACCUUGUGUUUGGGAAAACCUGCCGAUGUGUAUUUGAUAGACGAACCUUCCGCCUACCUGGAUUCCGAACAGCGUCUCCACGCUGCCAAAGUCAUUAAGAGAUUUAUUCUCCACGCCAAGAAGACUGCAUUUGUUGUGGAGCACGAUUUCAUCAUGGCAACCUACCUCGCCGACCGAGUCAUCGUGUUUGAAGGAAAUCCGGGUUUGGACACAAAGGCUAACAGCCCCCAGUCCCUCCUGAAUGGCAUGAACAGUUUCCUGAUGUCCCUGGAGAUCACAUUCAGAAGAGACCCCAACAACUUCCGGCCCAGGAUCAACAAGCGGCAUUCAGUCAAGGAUGUGGAACAGAAGAAGGGAGGGAACUACUUCUUCCUUGAGGACUGAGAUGUGGAAAUGCCACAUUUCCACAUACCCAGUGGCAGCAUUAGCUGCAAGGGGAGACAACCACCUAGCUACAAGGGGAGACAACCCUUGGGGUGGCUGGUCUGAAGAGGAUGUCCAUCCUCUGUCUAACUUAUUAUGCUCAACUUGUUGAAGUUGUACGGGGCAGAAGACUAAACUCUGACAUUCUAAGCUCUGGAACUGGCAUUACUUAGCCUUAAAAGAGCAUUAUCAAAUGAGUUACAAAUAUUGUACAGAACAGAUGAAUUUGGUUGUCAAUCUGCUAGAGUUCAAAUUGAUAUUUCACUAGUAACUUAAAGUGCAUUGGCUAUAUAUCUAGCCAAGUAUUUUGCUGUCGUGCUCGAUUGAAGAGUUAUGUGCUUGUAGCUGAGGUUCAAAGAUUGCACUUCCAAAUUUAGAAACAAUGUCAGAAAUUUUGGUUAGAUCGAAAGGUAUCAGUUAUCAAAGCUGUGUAUAUGAUGUAUAUUGUAAAAUAAAAUUUAUAUUUGUAAAUAUAUAAUGCAUAUUUUACCUGUUUAAGACUUGGGGUAGUUGUCCGGCACAUUGGUGGAAUCACAGCACAGAUAUUCAAUUUCAACUGUAACUGUUUCACAGAAAUAUUCCAUUUUCUAAAUUUGUGUACAUUUGAAGCAGGAUGAACUUCUGUGAUAUGAAAGAAAUCGUUUCAAAAUAGGGAAUUGGGUUCGACAGGUGAAAUAAAAUACAGCUUUGAA